UGUACGAAAUGUCAUUUGCGAAAAUUUUUGUUGUCAUUUUACUCUGAAUACAAAAUAUUUUUGGUGUGCGCUAAUUUUGAAAAAUAAUUUUAAGUUGUAUCCCAUAUAAACGUGUAAAAAUAUGGGAUUCGAAUUAACUCGAUUCCAAGGUGAUGUAGACGAAGAGCUGGUGUGUCCCAUAUGUUCGGGUGUUUUAGAAGAUCCACUACAGGCGCCGGUCUGCGAACACGCGUUUUGCAGAGCUUGCAUACAAGAGUGGAUAUGCAGACAACCGAAUUGUCCUGUAGAUCGCCAGCAUAUAACGACGGUGCAAUUGCGACCUGUGCCUAGGAUAUUACGAAACUUGCUGUCUAGAUUAUGUAUAAAUUGUGAUAAUGCCGAAUACGGAUGCACUCGUGUUCUUAAAUUGGACACGUUAGCCACUCACUUGGAAGAAUGCGAACACAAUCCCAAACGUUUAAUACCGUGCGAGCAGGGUUGCGGUUUGGUGAUACCGAAAGAUGAACUUAAAGAUCAUAACUGCAUUAAGGAAUUGCGCGCACUUGUUCAUACUCAACAGCAGAAAUUAAACGAUUUCCAGCAAGAGUUGGCGGAGCAAAGGUUCACAAUGGUCGAACAAAAACGUGAACUGCAACUUUUGAAGGAUUUUAUGAAGGCUAUGCGAAUAUCCAAUCCAGCUAUGAGAGCGAUUGCGGAUCAAAUGGAACGCGAUGAGGUGUUACGAUGGAGUAAUACCCUUGCGCGAGCACGCGUCACACGUUGGGGUGGGAUGAUUUCGACACCCGACGAAAUACUACAGCGCAUGAUUAAGAGAACGUUAAGUGAAUCGGGCUGUCCCGCGCACAUCAUAGAUGACUUGAUGGAGAAUUGUCACGAAAGACGUUGGCCACCGGGGUUGUGCUCCUUGGAGACUCGUCAGACAAACAGGCGGCUAUACGAGAACUACGUGUGCAAGAGAAUUCCGGGGAAACAGGCCGUUUUAGUGUUGCACUGCGAUAACGAGCAUAUGAGUGAGGAAAUGAUGGUUGAACCCGGUUUAGUGAUGAUAUUCGCACACGGUAUCGAAUAAUUUGCGUGUCUGAACUAACAAUUUAUUCAAUUUGUUGAAUUUAUAGUCCUAACUUUGCGGUGUUUUAAUCGCUAACCAGUAAAUAAUUUGUUAUUGGUGCUUUGUGUUGAUGGUUUACAUUUGAAAAACGUAUUCAAAUUAAAUGUACGGUUAAAUGAUCUCAAUUGAAGUCGUUCCUGCAUCCAAAGUGAAAAUUGUUUGGCAAUUGUAUAUAUCUUUUGAUAGUCGCUAGUCAUUGUUUAAAAUAAAAAUGUGAUUCGAAAUUGUACUGAUUUUUGUUAAAAGUAAGGUUUCUUGUGUCUUGGUUACUAAUUCGAAACUUAAGUUAUGUGAUGUUAAUUUGCUUUAAUUUCUCUCAUAGUUAAUCUCUCUUCGUCUUCAUUUUGCAAGGCUGAUUAAUGACCACGAGUGAUUUAAUCAGUCUUUGUGAUUGCAGACAUUAGAUUUAGAUUUAUGUUCUGCUUUUCAUUUGCUGUAUCAAUGCGCAUUAUAAUAAAUAUGCAAAAGAAACCUCAGCUUA